CUUUACCGGCUGAGAUAUAGAGUAACCCGUUGGUAUAAAAAGGGGGGAAAUUAAUCGCCGGAAAAACCCAAUUGACUCAAUUGAAACCACCGAGUGUUUUUGCAAGUGAUCGGAAAGGAUGAAGGAGAACAACAACAAUGAUGGAUUUGUAAGGGCAGAUCAGAUUGAUCUGAAGAGUUUAGAUGAACAGCUUGAGAGGCAUCUCAACAGAGCAUGGACUAUGGAAAAGAACAAGAAAAAACAACCAGAUUUUGAAGACUCGGCCACCGCCGCCUCCGCUGCUUCCGCCGUCACACUACCGUCUAAGGCUACUGCAACUAGUAAAAGGGAGAGGCAGGAGUGGGAGAUCGACCCUUCUAAGCUCCUAAUCAAAGGUAUUCUUGCACGUGGUACUUUCGGCACCGUACACCGUGGCGUCUACGACGGCAUCGACGUCGCCGUGAAACUGCUGGACUGGGGGGAAGAGGGCCACAGAACAGAAGCUGAAAUACAAUCUUUAAGGGCAGCUUUUACACAAGAAGUAGCUGUAUGGCAUAAACUUGAUCAUCCUAAUGUCACAAAGUUCAUAGGUGCAACAAUGGGUUCUUCAGAGCUAAAUGUACAAACUGAAAAUGGUCAAAUUGGAAUGCCAAGUAACAUUUGUUGUGUUGUUGUGGAAUAUCUUCCUGGAGGUGCCUUAAAGAAUUACCUUAUUAAAAACAGAAGAAAGAAGCUUGCUUUCAAAGUGGUUGUUCAAAUGGCACUUGAUCUUGCAAGAGGAUUAAGCUACCUGCACUCUCAAAAGAUUGUACACAGAGACGUGAAAACUGAAAAUAUGUUAUUGGACAAAAGUAGAACAAUUAAAAUUGCUGAUUUUGGAGUUGCACGUGUUGAAGCCUCAAACCCUAAUGACAUGACAGGCGAGACCGGAACUCUUGGCUAUAUGGCCCCCGAGGUUCUCAACGGUAACCCCUACAACAGGAAAUGCGACGUGUAUAGUUUUGGCAUAUGUUUAUGGGAAAUUUAUUGUUGCGAUAUGCCUUAUCCUGACCUUAGUUUCUCAGAAGUCACCUCAGCCGUCGUUCGUCAGAAUCUGAGGCCGGAAAUACCGAGGUGUUGCCCGAGUUCUCUUUCGAAUGUAAUGAAGAGGUGUUGGGAUGCAAACCCUGACAAGAGGCCUGAGAUGGAUGAAGUGGUGACGAUGUUGGAAGCCAUUGACACCUCAAAAGGAGGAGGUAUGAUCCCAGGUGAUCAACCACAGGGUUGUUUGUGUUUCCGUAAGCAUCGUGGGCCAUGAAAUUUCAAGAAUUUCAUCUGUUUUUUUGGGAAGUUUAAGACUAAAGUAAGGUAAUUUAUUAGAAAUUGGGGAGUUCCUAAAAUGGGAAUAUAUUAGAUGAUGUGUCUGUGGUACUGGUACUACAUGUUUCGUGCUUUGGAUUAUGUAAAGUUUUUUUCUUUUUUAAAUUCUUUAAAUAGAUUACAUUACAUCCUAUUUAAUGGGUAUUAUUACUAUA